AUGGAGACCUUGCUUAAGGAGUUUUCCAUAAUUUUAGACGAGAAAAACAGAGCGAUAAACGAGCGAGAUAUCACUAUCAAACAGCUUCAAGCGAAUUUGUCAGAAAUUGAAAAUGAAAGAAACUCAGUAAAUCUUAAGAAUUCACCAACAAAGCAUGUUGACAAUAAAAGUAAGACUGCAUCGCCGCCAAUGCAGCCCUUGAUGUGUCAAAUGAAUAAUAUUGAGGAUUUAAUCAACUUGUCUAAAAUUAACGAUCUAUGUGACAUUGAAACCGAUGUCUUGGGCGAUGCAUCCAAAUCUGAUGAUAUGCUUCUAAGUCCAAAUAAUUCUACUAUAAAGGAACUUGAGGCCUUUAUUGACAAGUCUUUCUAUAGCGCCUCUGUCGAGCUAUCUAAUCCUGUCCGGCAGCCGACGGACUUCUAUACACAAAAACCAGGUUCGAAUUCAAAAGAAAGUGCC